AUGGUCGGGGGAGGUGCCGGCGGGAGGACGAAUGAGCAGGUGGUUCUGAACAGUACAAAUGUCUUUGCUGCGCUCGACACCUUGAGGAAGAAGAAGAAGAGCUCGAGCUCGUCCGCUGCUGCUGCUGCGAAUUCCGGGAAGGACCGCCACGGUUCGUCUAAAUCGAAAUCGACCAAGGACGGUGAUAAGGAGUCCGAGAAGGUGUUCUGGUCGCCGGCGCCGCUGAACUCGAAAUCUUGGGCCGACGUCGAUGACGAAGAUGAUGACGAUUACUUCGCGACUACUGCUCCUCCAGCUGUCGUCUGGGGUGAAGAUGAUGUUGGUGCCCAGAAGGAAAAGGAGGCUGUGGAGGAAAGUGAAAGUGAUGAAGAAGGUCUUGAUGAAAUUGAUGAUGAUGUGGAGGAGGAACAUGAACCCGAACCUGAAACAGCCACCGAGGUGGAGCCAGUUCAGAAGCAACCUGAGACUUCCUUAGCUCCAAAAGAAUCAGAAAGACAACUUUCGAAGAAGGAAUUGAAGAAAAAAGAGCUUGAAGAACUUGAUGCCGUUCUUGCCGAGCUCGGAAUGGCCAAACCGGAGUCCAGUAGCCAUGAAGUCGCUGAUGAUGUUUCACAAGAGAAGAAAGCAGACAACAACGGACAAGUGAAGAAUGAAAAUGCUCCAGCUGAGAGCAAGAGUGCCAAAAAGAAGAAGAAGAAGGAAAAGACCUCAAAAGAAGCCCCCAAGGAUCCCGAGGGAGAUGGCGCUGGAAGUAGCAACGCUGAAGCUGAAAAGUCUGAUGAUGCAUCAAGCGGUGUUGAUGUAAAAGAGCGGCUGAAGAAAGUGGCGGCUAAAAAGAAGAAAUCAAGUAAAGAAGUAGAUGCCGCUGCCAAGGCUGCUGCUAGUGAGGCUGCUGCCAGGCGAGCAAAGGUUGCUGCCGCAGCAAAGAAGAAGGAGAAGUCUCACUACAAUCAGCAGCCUGUGCGAAUCCCUCGAGAGCUCUGCAAGGUAGCUACUCGCAUCCUCAAUGGAUACUUGCUUGAUAAGCCUCGAGUAAAACCGAUUACAGAAGACCCAACGAGUGAUAAGAACAGGUACAUGAUAUUGUCUGAGAAGGUUGAAACCCCUGAGCUACCUGAAAUCCCAGUUGAAAAACUUGAUGAACUGAAGAAGUUAUGUGAAAUGGAAGUCGUUCCUUACUCCUUGACGCUUGGGUAUUCUUACUGGAGUGCAGGUCACAUUGCUCAUUUAAAUAUACAUGAUGAACUGCUACCAUUCAAGGAUGUCAUUGCCAAAGUUAUUUAUGAUAAAAAUCAUCCCAGGAUCAGAACUAUUGUCAAUAAAGUCGGAUCUAUAUCGAACGAGUUUCGAGUUCCCAAGUUUGAGAUCCUGGCUGGAGACAGUGAUAUGGUCACGGAAGUUAAGCAAUAUGGAGCUACGUUCAAACUUGACUACGGUUUGGUUUAUUGGAAUUCGAGAUUGGAGCAUGAACACAUAAGACUAGUGUCUCAAUUUCGACCUGGGGAGAUCAUAUGCGACAUGUUUGCUGGAAUUGGUCCUUUUGCUGUUCCUGCAGCACAGAAAGGAUGCAUUGUUUAUGCAAAUGAUCUGAAUCCCGACAGUGUUCGUUAUUUGAAGAUCAAUGCCAAAGUUAACAAGGUUGAUGAUCUUGUAAUUGCCUUUAAUAUGGACGCUAGGAAAUUCAUGGCCCAGCUUAUGACGCUGCCAGCAGCUCAUGAAGACAAACCAGUGGUCUCUAAAGUAGAGACUGUUGAAGAUAUGAAAAGAGACCAAGAGCAAGUGACAGUUGGGGCAAAGUAUUCAUCUGAUGCUGCAUCCACAGCUUCUGUCAAAGGGACUCAAGAUUAUUGUGGUGAAGAAAAUGGGAAAGACCUUGGAGCGGCGGGUAAAGGUAGGAAGAACAAGAGGAUAAAGCUCUCCGAGUUGCCCAAUCUCAACACUUGGGAGCAUGUUGAUCAUGUGAUUAUGAACCUCCCUGCUUCUGCCAUAGAGUUUCUUGGUACAUGCAAAUAA